AUGAUAGGUCCAGCGCUACUCCUGUUGGCUCUUGUUCCAUGCGCUUUUACCGCCCAGCCUGGAGCUCCGUCUCCUGUAGCCGCGCCGCUGAGGGAGCUGCAAUGGGCCCAGCUCAACCUGCUCCAAACUACGGAUACUCAUGGCUGGCACGGCGGCCAUCUGCAAGAGCCAUCGUUCUCCGCUGACUGGGGAGACUAUGUAUCAUUUGCCAAGCAUAUGCGUGACAGAGCCGACGCUGAUGGCUCCGAUUUACUUCUCAUCGAUACUGGUGACAGAGUAGAAGGCAACGGGCUAUAUGAUGCUUCAGAGCCUAAAGGCUUGUACACUUUCGACAUAUUCAAGGAGCAAGAUAUAGAUGUGAUCUGCUCUGGUAACCAUGAACUGUAUAAGCAAAAUUCAUCGGAGAAUGAGUUCCACAUAACGGUUCCAAACUUCAAAGGAAACUAUUUGGCUUCGAAUCUGGAUAUCUACAACCCUGAGACUGAGGAAUUCGAACCGCUUGCUCCUCGGUUCAAGAAGUUUACUACCAAGAAUCAAGGCAUCCGUAUUCUGGCCUUCGGCUUCCUUUACGACUUCGCCGGCAACGCGAACAACACCAUCGUCCGCACAAUCAAAGACACUGUCAAGGAAGAUUGGUUUCAAGAGGCCAUUCGUGACCGUGAUGUCGAUCUCUUCCUCAUUAUCGGCCACGUACCUGUGCGCUCGCCAGAGUAUACCUUGCUUUACAAGACUAUCCGCGCCGUACAAUGGGACGUGCCGAUCGCCUUCAUCGGCGGCCACACGCAUAUCCGAGACUAUACGACAUACGACCGCAAGGCCGCCGCGCUUGAAUCCGGUCGUUACAUGGAAACCAUCGGCUUUAUGUCCAUCGACGGCCUCAGUACUGACGGAUCUAACGGCAUCGCUCCAAUGCCCGCUAAGAAAGGUAUUACCUUCGCGAGACGCUACAUCGACAACAACCUCUUCUCCAUGUACCACCACAGCCGCAAGAACGAGUCCACUUUCCCAACCGAACAUGGCCGCAAUGUGUCCGCGCUCAUCGCAUCCUCACGCAAAAGUCUGGAUCUCGACAAGCUCCACGGCUGCGCCCCUCGCGACCUUUGGGUAAACCGGGCCCCGUACCCCAGCGACGCCAGCAUCUUUACCUGGCUCGAGGAGUCCGUGCUGCCGCAGCAGCUCAGCGCUUCCACCGAGCGCGAAGGCAGGCCCGCGCUCGCUAUCACGAACACCGGUGCGAUGCGCUUUGAUAUCUUCAAGGGCGCCUUCACGAAGGACUCGACUUUCCUGGUCUGCCCCUUCACAAGCGGGUUUAGAUACGUCAAAGACGUGCCAUACGAGGCCGCAAGCAAAGUGCUCAAUCUGCUUAACCACCAGGGCCCCAUCAUGCAAGAGGCGGAAGAGAAGCACGGCCUGCGAAGCUGGAUGCUCGUGCCGCCUGAGCAGGGCUUUGCACGACCGGAAUUUAUGCCAGCGAACAACGAAGAACGGCGUGUGCGUGGUGCGGGACAGCAGAUUCCUCUCGCCGGAACCCGAGGCGAGAAGCUUGAGCUUAUACCGGGCUAUACUACGCGUGAUGAUGCGGGCGACGAUGGAGACGACACGCUCCAUUCGAAGAUCGCGUUUUAUAACGUGCCGAAUUGCAUCCAGGCGCCUGUCAAUUUCCCCAGCAGGACUGCGGAUGGGGUACUGCAAGAGCCGGAGAGCGUGGAUCUGAUCUACAAUGAGUUUGUCCAGGCGUGGGUGCUGACGGCGCUGAAGUACUUGGGAGAAGAGUACUCGAGCGAUGAUACGGAGGCGUACAUGAAGGGGAAGACCUUCACGGACGUCAUCACUGAUUGGGUAUCUGAGAAUUGGGGUACGGAUGGGGAGGACUGUCCGUAA